GGGAGUAAUACGAGUCGGGUGUGCAUAGGCUAAUAGUCAUCAUGAAUACGUAGUUCAUCAAUUCACGUGUAUAUACUGAAGUAAAUCUUGGGACCCUUACUCUCUCUUAAGCUUUUCUUCUAGGGUUAAACGCCAGGAAUAGUGAUCGUCAUGGCUUCGUUAAACACUUUGCUAGAUUCUGUUGUUUCCGAGGAGGUUGAAUGCGCCAUAUGCCUCAAUAAAUUGGAUACACCACGUAUAUUGGCAUGUCUGCAUAGCUUCUGUGAGAAAUGCUUGGAGAAGUGCGUCCGGAACCGCAAAGACGACUCGUCCCAGUCAGGCAACAGCACCUUGAAGUGCGCCCUUUGCAAGGAAUAUACUGCCCUACCUGAUACUGGUGUCCGUGGAUUGAGACUCGACUUCAGAGCUACCCGUUUGGUGGAAACUCUACUGGAACAGGAGACCCGGGAACGCAAACUUGCCAGUUCAGCCCAUCGCUGCGAGGCUUGUGGAUGUACUGAUUCUGGAGAAACUGCAUCGACAGAAAAAUCGCCUUUCACCUACUGCCGAGAAUGCUGCCAGGUCCUCUGCGAGCGCUGCUCUUCGGCUCAUGCCGGUUUACGAAUGACCCAAACGCACACCGUCGCUAACAUAUCCGACUUGCUCAACGGGAAAGUAACCAUCCAGAGCAAAGACCACUCAAUGCUAUGUCCAAAACACGCCGACGAGAAACUGAAGAUUUUCUGCGUGACUUGUCUUGAACCUGUUUGUCACGACUGUACCCUGAUUGAUCAUAACCGAGAGCAGGGCCAUCAGCUUCAAUUCUUGAAGGACUUUGUCCCUACCAUUCGUGAAGAGCUAAUCUCACGUCAAGAAGAGGUUUCAGAGAAAUCUGAAGAGUUCUCAGAGUUUCUUAACUUGGUUGACGAACUCGAAACCCAUAUCAUGGACAAAACUAAGACAACAAGCAAGAGCAUACAGAAUGCUAUUGUCGAAUACAGCAGCAGGGUAGAAGAGGUGCAUUUUCAAAUGGAGAAAGUGGCAUGUGAUUAUCUUGGUGAAAAAUCAAAGCAAUUGAAUCAACUGAGGAAGAAAACGCAGCAUAUCAAAUCACUGGCGGAGAAGAGCUUGUUGUUGACAAACCAGAUCAUGGAGAAUGAGCAGGAUCUCGUCGGCUUGGCCUCUAUGUACAAAAGUCUUAGAGAGGCCAUGGACAGAGCCAUUGCUGAAAAACCUGAUGAACAGAAACUGAAAAAUAUAAGGAAAUCAAUCGAUCGCUUGCACUAUCACGUGACACCACUCGAAGCGAAAGUUGGAAAAGUUGCGGUAGGAUGUAGCUGCAGAGAGCGCAGUACUUCGAGCGUUGCUUGCAAGAAUGGUCCUAAAGAUGUGCAGUUUACACGCGACGGAAGAAUAUCAGCCAUUGUCCAAGCUGAAUGCAUCGGAGGAAGACCAGAGACAGUUCAUGUAAAGACCGGGACUGAAACACUCUACAAACUUGAGACAAGAGACAGCGGGAAGAGGUACGAAGGCUACUAUAGUAGCACUAGAAACGCGUAUGCGGCCACUGUCCGCGGUGUUUAUGAAGCCAAGGAGGUGAAAAGUCCUGCAGUGUUUGCUGCUAUCAAGCAGACCUCUACGAGCUUCCCGAACUGUACCUCUUUCAGUUGGACCCGUUGGCUUCCAACCUUGCAGUAUGACAGUAUCAGGUGCUUUACCUCUCUAUCAGAUCAUCGCUUCGUCAUCGCAACCACUGAUGCUAAGCUGUACAUCCUUGGGGACGCUCUAGGAGAGUUGUCUCACGGUUUACCCGGUAAACGAAGUAUCUCCGGUUUGGCAACAGACAACGAGGACAACAUCUACAUCACUGAUCGUGACAACCGCAAGAUAUACAUCCUACGAUCCGAUGGCAACCUGAAGAAUACACUGACCUUUGAUGAUAUCUCCCCGACUUGCGUCGCUGUUCCUCACAUGGGACCAGAGAUCAUCGCGGUCACGCAUGAACCAGCCACGGUAUCUAUACUAGAUCAUCACGGGAAUGUCCUAUGCUCCAUCCACAACGAGGAAUGGAAGAAGGUGGUCAUCGGAUUUGAUGCUGAUCGGUUGCUCUACAUCCUCUGGUCCGACCGUAACAACAAGAAGACGCUUCAGAGGUAUACCUUCCAGGGGAUGCAGGUGGAUACUCUGUUUGAGAAGGAAUCGCACAGCUACAACGAUCUUGUUUUAGCAGUGUCACCAGUAGGAGCUUGCGCGGCUGCAGUGGUGACCACGACCGGUGUUGACGGGAAAGUGGUGACUGUGGCGCCAAGAGAAAAGCCAUUGCCUGAAACGCUUCCAUAGGGGUAUUUAUAAAGGUGGACUUUAAAGUACAAUUGAUUUUUGAAGCGCCAAGUGUCAAACUCUUUAUUCUUUACAAAAUUAAUGUAAUACAACUAAAUAAAAGUAAGAAAUUGAUUUAUCAUUUUGGAAUGAAGAAGUUGACACGUGGUGCUCCAUAAAAAUCAGUGGACUAAAAUCUACCGACGGUAAACCUAGACUUAACUCGGUACGCUUUUAUAAAUAUCGACCAUGGGAGUGUUUAUGUUGAAGUUCACAGUCUGAAAGAGACAAUGGCAAUAAUUUUAUUUAUAAGGCAUUUUUAAUAUCUUAAUAAUGCUAGGCGCCAAUUUUU